AUGUCGAUCACUACUCUGAUUCAGCUUACGCAACUGUCGAGAUACCGCUUGCACAACAACCAAUUGAUUCCGGUCACCGGCUACGGUACCUGGCAAGUGCCUGCUGAGGACGCCCUGAAGUUGGUGUACGAAGCGUUGGAAAUUGGCUACCGUCACAUCGACCUGGCUGAAAUUUACGGCAAUCAACGCGAGUGUGCUCAAGCGAUCCACAAGUUCUGCCAGGACACCAAGACUCCUAGAGAAGAUAUCUGGUUCACCACCAAGAUUUGGAACGACGACCAUGGUUAUGACGAAACCAGAGAGGCGGUGAAGAAAAUCGCUGACGAUGUCAAGGAGUACGUCGGCUAUGUGGACCUUGUGUUGGUUCACCUGCCGUUGACCAACAAAAAGAAGCGGUUAGGCACUUGGAAAGCGUUGCAAGAAUUCACCAAACCCAAUGACCACAUCCUUAUCCGACUGUUAGGGGUGUCGAACUAUGGUAUUCGCCACUUGGAUGAACUCUUUGAAUGGGAUGGCUUGACGGUGCGUCCCGUGAUCAAUCAAUUGGAGUUGCACCCAUGGAGUCCUCAAGUGAAAUUACGUGAGUACUGCGUCCGUAAAGACAUUCACUUGGAAGCGUACUCACCGUUGACUCAAGGCAAAAAGCUUAAUGAUCCCGAACUUAAGCUGUUGGCACAACAAUCUGGCGACCUGGCGGCUGCUAUCUUGCUCAAGUGGUCGUACUUGCAAGGGUUCAUUGUGCUUGUGAAGCUGUCCGACGUCAAGAGAAUGAAAGAAAACUUUGACGUGCUUCCUCCGGGUAAGCCUGACGACGACUGUACCGUGGAACGCUUUAUGGGCAAGGUUGACUUGGACCCCGGUGUAUUGGCGAAAUUGAACAAGCCCAACUCACACGAUGUCAUUGCCUGGGGCGGCAACGACCCCACUGAAUACGACGGUUGA